AUGUCAGUAGAUGAUACGGAAGUUUAUUCCAGAUCUACCACCAAGUAUAAAUCCACUCACUCUGAAUCCAGGAGACGCGAUCACCGUGAUGAACAGUAUUCUCACAAACGUCAGUCAGUUCAUUCACGGUUGGGCCUGCGUUCGUACCAGAAGCGGGACACCCAAACCGAUGAGUAUGACAGGAUGUAUCAUGAAGACGACAACACGAGCGUUUUCAGUCGAUUAAAGAGAGAUCAUGCAAAUUACAAGCCAAAAAUCUGCGUAGUUUACAACCCAGAAGCGGAGUACGAUUACAAUCUGAUUUACCGACCAGCAGAAGCUGCUGAAAACUCAAAGUUUGUCAAAGAAAUCGCACUAGCUCCCCUUGAGCGGGCAAAACUACCUUCAAAUGUUGGGAAGUUUAACGGAUUAUCAGAUCCUGAUGAUCACCUGCGUGUGUUCACUAGCGCAGGAUUAGUCGGAGGAUUGACACUACCCAUGUGGUGCCAUUUGUUUGUCCAAACUUUGACAGGCGCAGCACGCCUAUGGUUUAACAAUCUACCCGUGGAAAAGUUAACAUCCUGGGUAGACUUGAGGGAGAAGUUUCUGGUCCAUUUCAGUCAACAACGCAGAUCCAUUAGAGACUCAGCAGAUGUCAUGAACAUCUGGAUAAGGGACGAUAAAAGCUUGGAAGAUUUCAUAACAAGGUACAAAAAAGAAGUAUUGGACAUCGGCGAUGUACAUGAGCACCUAAUCCGCGCGCAAUUCAAAUACGCGGUAAGGUGUGAUGAUAUGAUAAAAGUCUUGUCAGAGACUGAAGAUCUGCCAAAAAGUUGGGAAAAAUUGAUCGCCGCUGCCAAAGUCUAUGCUCAAACAGAGCGCAACCUAAGCUCCAACAGGCCACCACUACCACAAAACCGCCUGCAGGACAUGAGUGGGAACAGUGGUAAAAAAUUCAAGAAAAACUGGAAGGACUCAGCUUUAGGCACAUACUCCUCAGAUGACGCUCGAACGACAAUUAACAAGAUAACAGCACAAAAAGAGGCUAAACAGGAGAACCGCGAAAGGCAGUGGACGCCUCUUACCAAGACGCCGGCGAAAGUGCUUAGCACUGAAGAUUACCAAUUCAAAACACCCCUGCUGAUGAAAAACAAAAGAGGACAAGACCCAAACCUUUACUGCGAGUACCAUAAAGACAAUGGCCACACCAAAAACAACUGCAUUAGUCUCCGCAUGGAAAUAGAAAAAGCACUGAAGAGUGGAGAACUUACCCAUCUAGUUCAAAAUGUGCACAAGGAGAUCAAGCAGAUCACGCGCGGGGACGAAGGGCCGAGUAACAAAAAAGCUAAACAAGCUUAA